AUGACGAGCCAUCCGGAAUACAACGAAAAGACCACAGCAACAGAGGUUGCAGAUGCAUUUUCAGAUCGAAUCCGCAACAAGAAUGUUGUCAUCACCGGCGUAGGACCAAACAGUCUCGGAGAGGCAUUAGCCCUUGCCAUAGCAGCGCAUUCACCAGCAAAGUUGAUUCUCGCAUCACGGACAAAAGCCAAACUAGAGGAGGUCUUGAAAAAGAUAUCUACAGGGAGACCCGAGAUGUCUUCCAAAAUAGAACUCGUCAUAUUAGAUCUGGCAUCGCAAAAGUCCGUUCGCGAGGCAGUAGCUCAGAUUCUAGGUUGCAUUGACCAUAUAGAUAUCUUGAUCAACAAUGCGGGUUUAAUGAUGCUCAAGCAAGAAUUCACCGGGGAAGGAAUCGAGCUACAAUUCGGCACUAAUCAUAUCGGCCAUUUCCUAUUCACCAACCUACUUCUGGAAAAAUUGUGUAGAGAAGUUGGUUCAUCUCAAGGAGAAGCGGGAUCGACGAAAAUUGUCAAUGUCACGAGUGCCGGUCAUCGACUUUCGCCGUUCCGAUUCCAAGACUAUAAUGUCGACGGAAAACCGGUUCCGGAUGAAGAGCAGCCCCCAGCAGCGAUGAUUGCUGCGUAUGGGAAAGUUGAUACUUAUAAUGGGUGGAUAGCAUAUGGACAGUCGAAGACUGCUAAUAUAUUGUUUUCGGUGGCUUUGAAUGAGAGAUUCAGAUCAAGGGGUAUCGUUUCUUAUGCCGUUCACCCGGGAUCCAUCUGGACUGGUCUUGGACGUAAUCUCGAUGAACAAGGGACUGAGAUUCUCGCCAAAACGGGGACGUAUUGGAAGUCAAUAGAUGAAGGUGCAGCUCCUAUGUUGGUUGCAGCUUUGGAUCCUGCGCUUGAUGGUCCCCCUGAGCCCAACCGCGUCUAUAUCAGUGAUUGCCAGAUCGCCGAAGCGGCUCCAUGGGCAAUUGACACCGACGCAGCCAAGAGACUCUUCGAAUUGAGUGUGGAGCUGGUUGGGAUAGAUACUGCAUAG